UCUAGAGGUUGCCUUCUGGGUUCCAUGUUCAUUCUCACCAUGCCAUCAACAGCAGCAGUGUGUCUCCUGCUGCUCUGGCCAGUGGCCUCAGGCACUGCAGCUGAUGACCUGACUGUGGUAACAGCGCAUCCUGGAGAUGAUGUCAUUCUGCCAUGUCAGGCCAAUGAUUCCUCCAUCAUAGCUGUAGAGUGGACCAGACCUGACCUGGAGCCACCAAAGUACGUCCUCUAUUGCAGCGAUGGACACUGUGAUCCAACCCACCAGCAUCCAUCCUUUAAGGACAGGGUGGACCUGGUGGACAGAGAUCUGAAGGACGGAGACGUGUCUUUAAUUCUGAAGAAUGUGAGCAGCAACGACAAUGGGACAUACGAGUGUCGAGUUAAACUAGAUAGUUCAAGACGGAAAAAGAGAGCCAUCAUCGACUCUGAGCCAAUCAGAACCAUCCGUCUGCAGGUUCAAAACUCCUCUCCUGUAGGCCGAUACCAUGGACUGGCAGCAGGUGUUCCAGUUGGACUGAUUCUUGUAGCUGUUGCAGUGGUUGGUGUCCUGAUGUAUAAAAGACAUAAGAACAAGAGAUCAGGACAACCUGCUGCUGAUGAUGAUGAUGAUGAAGCAUUGGGCGAUACGCUAGUCUGACAACUCACAGAGCUCUUUACAACAGACAGUAUA